AAUCUCUGUUUGAUUCCGUCCAUCUGAUGAGAAGACCAAGAGAAGCAGUUCUUCGGAUGCUUCGGACACUUGCAGCAGCUGCAGCAACAGCGACGAAUGCAGAAACCUCAAACUGCUCGGACAAGUGCGGCCAAGUGCUUGUCCAGUAUCCCUUCGGCAUCGAGCCAGGUUGCUACAGAGUUGGAUUCGCCAUCACAUGCGACCGCUCGGAUGGCAACUCCCCCAUAGCUUUCCUCGGCACGAGCGACAUCGAGGUGACCGAGAUCUCGCUGCUGCACGGCCAGUCUCGCGUGAAGGCUCAAGUAAGUUGGGAGUGCUACAACGAGACCGCCGUGGAGAGCACCAACUCCAACUUACCAUCCAAAAGCUUCGAUGUCAAUGGAGUGUACAAGAUCUCCGACGACCGCAACAAGUUCACUCUCAUCGGUUGCAACUCAAUGGCAUAUCUACAAAGCCAGCAGACGGCCGACGGCCCCUAUCCCUAUGUAUACUAUACUGGUUGCUUAUCGUACUGCGAAGAUACAAGCAAAGUCAUCAAUGGGGUUUGCAAUGGCAUAGGAUGCUGCCAAACCAGCAUCCCGUCAGGCCUCAGUGACACUUCCUUCUCUUUCACUGCAUAUUCCCAUCGAUAUUUUUUGAGCUUUAGUCCAUGUAGCUACGUUUUCAUUGUUGAUCAAGACUACUACUCAUUUAGCGCCACCGAUUUAACCAUGGACACAAACAAAUCCAUGCCGCUGUGGCUGGAUUGGGCAGUCAGAGAUGCUGCAACAUGCGAGGAGGCGAAGGGCUCUGAUAAUUAUGCAUGCCGAAGUCAAAACAGUGUGUGCAGCAAGGCCAGGAGUGGUGCAGCUUUGCCACCAACGGCGAAGCCAUUAGAUGACAUCCCAAAGGCUAUAGUCCCAUUGGACGACACCUCGAAAGUCCUUGAGCUCCAACAUUGUCGCACAAAUUUCUAUUGUAGCUCUAGCUCCAACGAGCGGUGGCACCACCCCUACCACUUCGAUGACUCCAAAGAGCAGCACUACUACACUCGCCACAACUGUAAAGGCUCACCGGUGUGA